AUGUCCGACCCCACCCGCUCCAAUCGCACAAUCUACAUCGGUGGCCUACCUCAAUCCAUCACAGAAGACACCCUCGUCUCCACCUUUUCCGCCUUUGGAGACAUCGUCGAUGUACAGCUCCCCCGUCACGGCGGUGGUGGUGCGGCUGGAGAGGGACAUGUAGGCGCUCAACCUAUGCUUGAAGCUCCUGGUGGUGGUGGUGGAGGUCACAGAGGAUUUGGAUUCCUCGUCUUCUCUACAGAUCAGGAGGCGCAGGACGCGAUUGACAAUAUGCACCUCAAUGAGCUAGGCGGGCGCAUCCUAAACGUCAAUCAGGCCAAACCUCUCAAGACGGCCGCUUCCGGGGGCAACAAGCCCGUGUGGGAGGACGAGGAGUGGAUCAAAAAGUACGCAAAGCCCAUUGGCGGAGGGGCCGAGGAUGAGCCUUUGCAAGAAGGAGCGGUAGGGGGAGAGCAGUAG